AUGAUGGAUUCCCCCACGGCAUAUCCAGACUCACCGCUGGAUCCAGAUGAAGCCGCCUAUCCCUGCAAAGGGUGUGGAGAAGUUCUUGAAGAAGGAAAAGCAUUCGAAUUAGCGGGCAAUAGAUGGCAUAUCGAUUGCUUCCGAUGCAACACCUGUAAUACUCUUCUCGACUCAGACGCCAACCUACUCCUGCUUGGCGAUGGAUCCCUUAUCUGCAACAACUGUACCUACAGCUGCAGUAGCUGUAGUAACAAGAUUGAAGACCUUGCGAUCUUGACUGGCGAUCAAGCCUUUUGUGCCACUUGCUUCAAAUGUCGAAACUGCAAGAAGAAAAUCGAAAAUUUACGAUACGCUCGCACUUCGCAGGGGAUAUUCUGCAUGGACUGUCAUGAGGCUUUGAUGGCAAGGCGGAGAAAAAGGACUGCACGUAAUGCUGCGCACCGGCAGAAAGCAGCAGCAAAUAACGCCCUUCUCGACAAAUCUCUUCCGUCCCUCCCCCCAAGUGCAGCACCAAAGAGCUCGUACUCGCCUGAACUCGAGACGCCCCCUUCAGAGACGCAUUCGGAAACUCCUACAGAGGUUCCGCCACGGCUACAACCGAGGAGUGAGCGGCGGGGUGUGCCAACGGGUCUCUCAAGCGAAAGGAGGGAUGUAUCGCCAGCCAAUAGUAGAAGCUAUUCUCGUGAUGUGUUGAACAUUCCCCACGUCCCUACCAGCCGCCAUUCGUCCAUGUCUCAAAGAUCCGAGGUCGAGGGUCUAGGGGGAGAGGAGUUUCUUAUACCUGUUGCAUUUGAUCCAACGGUCCCCGCCCAGCUGUCACCUCAUCCUGCACAAAACCAGACACAACGUACAGAGCGAGACUACUUUCCGGCUACGAAGACAGCCGAGUACGUGGCUCGAAACUCGUCCAGCGGCACACCAACCUCUCCUCUCGCUUCACCUCAUAUCGCAUAUCAAGAGAAGGGUCGUGUGCCGUCAGAAGAAGUUAUUGAUUCAAUCAAAAAGCGGAGGGAAGGCAGCUUCAGCACAAACGGACCAGCAACCACCUCUCCACUGGUGGGCUUAGGCGUAAACCGCCCACAAUAUGCCACACCCUUUAAAGAUCCACAGAAUAACCGAGAUAUGGCUUCCGAAGAGAGGUUCAAGCUGCAAGAAGUACCCAAGGCUAAGAGAUUGGGAGGUUCAGCCAGGAGCUCGAAAUCCGGACCGGCUUCACCACCCACUAUGGCAGUUCCAUCAUUUCAAGGCCAGAGCCACGAACCUGAAAAGACAAGCGAGACAUGUGGAGGAGAUGUGUCGGUUGUUCAAGAGCCAGAAUCAUUCUUGACACAAAACAAUGGCGCCUCCCAACAAUUGCAAGACUAUCGCCCAACAGAAGAUGGGUCGACAGAUUCUCUGAAGUUGGCACAAGCCUCAAUGAUAGGACAGUUGCAAUACCCCCCAAAGCGGGGUGAUUCUCUAGAGAGCUCUACAGUGAGCCAGACAAUACCGAGAAAAGAGGUACCGUCCACACUUGCUAAGACGCAAGAAUCUCCUGAAUCUAACCAAGGAUCGUCUUCAACCUCUGCGACUACGAACAUGGCUUCCGGGGAUGUCAGUGCUUCUGAAAAAGUGAACGGUGCAAACAUAGAAGAGCCUAGGCUUGGAGGCAUUUUUGACACGUCUCUAUCCCGAAAAGGAGAUUCUUCCGCUUCGAAAGUAAACGGCUCGUUUGUCGCGCAGAGAGUGCCGCCAUCUCCACCGAUUGAACGCACUCAGCGUCGUAACCAGUCUUUCAGCACAUCGCAAUCAGAGACGCUCAAACACGGAUCGAGACCGACUUCGCCCGGACUGCCGCGAUGGUCUGCUGGCGGGGACUUUUCAAUUUCAAUGGAUGAAGAUAUGGCUCGAAUCCUGGGUGGGGAGGACUCUCAGGGACAUGAGUCGUUUUUGCGAAGAGUCUCGAAUUCUGUUCGCCAUGGUAGGAGCUUUAGCGACAAGGGCAUACGCGUGUCGAAGGAGCAAAAGUGGCCUCGGUCUCCCAUUGCCAACAAUGCUAUGAAUGGUCAGGAUACCAGUAGACCUACUACAUCUUCAUCAGAGCACCGUGAUGAGCUUGCUUGGGUCAAGAAUGAACUGAGACGAGAACGACAGAAGACUAUGGAAAGAGACCAGAAGAUUGCUGAGCUUGAAACUGCACUGCAUUCAACUGCGAACAUCAAGCAGGUCAACUCCGAACUUCGUGAGAAACGAUCUACUAUUGUCGUCCUUGACACCCGGAAAGAAAUGGUGGUGCGUGAACUUGAGAUACUGACGGAGCAUAUUGCAGCGGCAAAGAAGAGCGGCGAUCCUUUGGAUCUCAACAAGAUGAACCAUGCAGUUAUGAGAGAUUUUGCUGAAUCAUUGCAACGGCUCAAGGACUCGUUCGCACCACAGAUUGAGGAUUUUAUUCAGAAACGUAAUGAUCUGAUGGACGAAGUGUCCAAUCUUACGCAGAUGAAGGAUAAGAGCGUUCAAGAAUUCGAGCAAUUGUCACUGAAGAAUGCACAGCUGGCAGAGCUCAACAAUCAGCUCGUACACCAGAUUCAAGAGUUGUAUAAAGCUAGUUCAGGCGCCCAAGCGGAACAAUCUCGCGGAGCUCCGAACGGUCUGGGCAUCUAUUCGCACCACAAAGAUCGGUCGCAGAUCUCCAUUGACUCGCGUGAAGGGCGAUCUAAUACCAAUGAGAUGUCGAUGGUCAGUUCGGGAACUACGUUACAGCAAGAAGAAGCAGAACCCGUCAGUGUCUUGCAAGGGCCCCAGGUCGUCAGCAUCAGAAAAGGCCAACCGAAAAAGUUCAACUGGAAGAAGGGUGGGCAGAACGUUGCCAAAGGGGUCACCAAAGGCCUGAAGGGUGCUUUCUCGUCGACCCAAGCUAGCUACAGUCGCGAGAUGCAAUUUACAGAAACAGUCCCGUAUAAUUCAACUCCUCCCACCACUGACUACACCAAUAACGCCAUGCGACACGGUAAUGCAGAGCCUCCCCGACCUGGAUUUGGACUUUUUGGUGGCAACCCCAAGCUUGGUGCGAAAGGUCAUCAGCCUUGGAAGUCACAAUCAAAUGGCAGUUCUCCGGCUCUGACCAUCGACGCUUCUACAACCCUUUUCGGCUCCGACCUUGAAGCAAGAGCUGAGUUCGAGAAGACAUUCAUUCCAUUCAUCGUGAGAAGAUGUAUCGAGGAAGUCGAGCUAAGAGGAAUGGACAUAGAGGGCAUUUACCGCAAAGCCGGUGGUGCCAGCCAAGUACAAGUCAUCAAAGACGGUUUCGAGACUUCUCCUCAACAAAACUUUGACAUCUCCGACCCAGAUCUAGACAUCCAUGCCGUCUCCUCAACGCUAAAGCAGUACUUCCGCCGCCUUCCCAACCCACUCGUCACAUACGAAGUCUAUGACAAACUCCUCGAAACUACCUCCAUCUCCGGCUUGCCAAGGGUGCACAAGGAGGUCCUUGAGUUUUUGGUCUUCCAUCUGAAGAGGGUUGUAAGCUACGAACAGGAUAAUCUCAUGACGAGCAUGAAUAUUGCAGUUGUGUUUGCGCCUACGAUCAUGAGACCAGAGAGCUUGGCGAGGGAGAUGACGGAUAUGCAGGUCAAGAAUGAGGCGGUGCAGUUCCUGGUUGAGAAUUGUCACCCCAUUUUCAAUGGAACACUCCGGUGA